AUAUUCUCUAUCUAUCUAACUACUACCUAACCUAACAAUUAUUGAUCGCAUUUCCCAUUUGUACGCACUGUGGAGAGACAGCCUUAACCUAGGUCAAGUUUCAACAUUGAAGCUUCAAGUCAAUGAAUGCAUUAUAAUAAUACCUAGUAAUCAAUUGGUUCAACUAUCAUCCUCCAUCCUCCACUGACUAUGGCGACCAAGCUCUGCAGAGGCAGAGCUCUCGCCUCAACUUUGCGACCCACGAAACCUUCGUUAUCAUCCCGAAAUGAGCAGAUUGUACGUUGCAUCGCCUCGACUGCUCGACAAAAUAUCGUUAUGCCCAAGGAUGUCUCGAACAUGAGAAAGGCACCGCGAGACCACCCCAAGGAGCUCAAAGUUCCCCUCGUCAACCCCGCCGACAAGUAUGCCACCAAGGCUGAUCAGCUCCAUCGUUACGGAGCUUGGCUCAUGGGCUGCAUGCCUAAAUAUAUCCAGCAGUUCUCUGUCUGGAAGGAUGAGCUGGUCAUCUAUAUUCCGCCCUCCGGCGUUAUACCUGUCUUUUCUUUCCUCAAGUACAAUACGGCCGCCGAGUUCACCCAAGUCAGUACCAUCACUGCCGUGGACUUCCCAACCAGAGACCAGCGAUUCGAGAUUGUCUACAACCUACUAAGCGUCAGACACAAUGCACGGAUCCGGGUUAAGACAUAUGCGGAUGAGGCAACGCCAGUUCCGAGCGUCACGCCCUUGUACGAUGGCGCCAACUGGUACGAGCGAGAGGUUUACGAUUUGUUUGGUGUUUUCUUCCUCGGCCACCCGGACCUACGACGAAUUAUGACCGACUACGGUUUCGAAGGUCAUCCUUUGCGAAAGGACUUCCCUCUAACCGGGUACACCGAGCUCCGAUACGACGAGGAGAAGAAGCGCAUCGUCACGGAGCCGUUAGAGUUAACCCAGGCUUUCCGUAACUUUGAGGGAGGCUCGACGGCUUGGGAGCCGGUCGGGCCUGGUACCGAUCGCAAGCCUGACAGUUUUAAGCUGCCUACACCAAAGCCUGAGGAGAAGAAGGAAGAGCCUAAGAAAUAGAUGUCGAUUAUCCGUCGUGUACAUAUAUGUGAUACAAUUGACAUUGUUGCUAUUUGGUAUCGUCGUCGCAUUCUUUAUCCCUAUCACGAAAUGAGGCUAGCUAAGGCAUACAUAUUCAUAAUAUGCCAUCGGGUGGCAAACUCAUGCCCACACUCAUGCCCACGUUCAUGAAUACUAUAGAGUAUAACAACUGGUAUACCUAUCUCGAAAACUAAUUACCUAUGCCAGUAACUACCCGGCAUACACCACUAGAUCACCUCACCUAAUUUUAGGGCUGGAAAUAUUCAAUACCGAUUUCCACCUUCUUGCUCGGCGUAUUGGGCUCAGGUAUCGGUGUCUUCGCUGCUGGAGCUUGAAGUCCGCUGACCUGGGACUUGCGGCUUCCCUGAGGCUGUGUUGCCGGGCAACUCAUUGCAUUAUUUGUGUUUGUAAGUGCUCAAGGCCGCAG